GCAACCAAAGUUCAUCCCCAUCAAGUCGGUAGUCUGGGGAGGAUUCCAAAUGAACAACAGGCGGCACAGCUGCUUUUAACGGCCUCGGCUAUUGCGAGUGGUACCGAUUUUAUACCUCCACUUCAAAACAGCUCUAAUAAAUUGAGGUCCUCUAACCUUUACCAUUUAGAGCCAAGAGGCUUGGUUCCUGAACAUGAUGGGAAAGAAAGACAGGAUCCUUCUGCCAAACCGUUUUUGCCUUCAGAUCUUCUGGCCUACAAGCGCGUGGUUCGUCUGGCAGUCUUUCCUUUUCCUCGGCCAGUUGUAAUUUACGGUCCCCAUUCCGACAUAGCAAUCAGUCAAUUGGCUCUGCACUACGGUCCUUGCGACAGGUUGCAUUCGUCCGCGACGGACAGACAUGCCAGGGCCAUCGAGACGACGAGCAACAUGGCUGCAGAGAAGGAUCCAGAGUCACAGGCAGAUGGGUCAGUUGGAACGAGACCAGGCUGUAAGCACGGCAUGGGAGAAAAGGAGGAAGCUGGAAAUAGAGGCCAGAAUGGGACUUGUCAGGGAGAAACAGAAAGCUGUACCAAAGCGAUGUUUGAGAGAAAAAAUAAAGCUGUCUCACCAACAUCAAGUUCUGCCGAUUUGAGGGUCGGUUCGUCAGUCUUCGAGUUGCCUCCGGUCAGCGACGGCGACGCUAACACCGUUGGGGAUGCAGUUCGUGAUUGCAAUGUUAACUGGCAACCUUCCAGUGGAUUAAUCCGUCUAAGUGUCAUUAAGGCAAGCGAGCAAUUUUACCUACAGAAUUAUGAAGUCAACUUGAGCGAAUUGCAAUAA